GAAAGCGGUUCCGGUGUACACGAAAACAGACGAAAUGACUGAAAAGUCAGAAAUAAUUCAACAACUUCACAUAGCUGUAGAAAAUGACAGAACAGAUAUUUUACGAGCUUUUAUAUCAACAAUAGAGCAGAAUGAUGACCAUAAUCAGGUGAUAUCAAAUGUACUGAACAAUUGUUACCAUGACGAUGGAACAUUACUUCAUGUUGCUUCAAAGCUAGGUAAGAUUGAUGUAGUUAGGACCUUAUUAUCAUCUGGAAGUGAUCCUGGUAUCCACAACUCUCAUGGUAAAACAGCAGUGGACUUAGCAGCAACACAUAAUAUUACAAAAGUCUUUAAUGAAGAACUGUUACAAGCUGCAGCACAGUCUAAUGUUGGGAGAAUUUGUCAGUUACUUGCAGCAGGAGUAGAUGUAAAUCUGUAUGACAGUGAAGAAAGUAAAAGUACUCCUCUUCACUGGGCUGCAUCAUUUGCAAACAGGGAUAUCAUCCAGUGUUUAUGUGCAAGAGGUGCUGAUGUGAAUCAGAUAAACAGUCAAGGUUACACUCCAUUACAUGAUGCCAUUAAGAGAGGAGAUGUUGAGGUCAUCACAGAGUUAUUGGCAUAUGGUGCUGAUUCAUCACUUAAUGUCACAGCUGGCAAAGAUGAGGGGAAAACGUGCAAAGAUCUAGCUGGAACUAGGAAAGAAAUAAUCCAUGCCUUAGACAAUCCUCCACCACUUAUAAAUAUAGAAGAAGAAUUUGAUUUAGGAAAGCUGUCUUUGAAAACUGACAUUGGAGCUAGUACAGAAACAAUAGGAAUGAACGGAACAGCAGCUAAUGGAUCAGAGCCAGGAUCUCCUGAACUUAAAACUCCUACAUUUAUGAAAACUGUUUCAUUUGAUGACAUGAUCCAGCCACCACAUCCUGUUGUUACUGAAGAGAAACUAAGCUUGUUAUGGCCACAACCACAAAGCAUGCUGCAACAAGAAACAAAACCUUUUGUCAUCCGUCAUCAUCUUCCUGUAUAUGUCUCAGGGGGACCAGCUGAAAAUUCCAUACAAGUAAUGAAGAUUGUAAAGAUGAGAAAACCCAGUUUUACAUCAUUGGGUUUAGAUGUGUCAAUCAACCUCCUGAGUAGUCUGAGUGAUACAAGAUUACCACAUCUACAAUGUCAUGUCAAUAACAGAUUGUGUCCAGGACAUGGGUUGUACAAACUAACCAUAUCUCAAGGACAGAUAAAAAUGUUGUGUAGUGAUUACGACAGUUUACAUUGUGCCAUAUCUACUGUGUAUCAACUGAUGUCAUUGUAUAAAGAUAACGAGGAAAUAAUUAUACCUGGACUAUUGAUUGAUGAUUGGCCUGAUCUACACUACCGAGGAGUUCUGUUUGAUGCUUCACAAGGAAGGGUACCUAACUUUGAAACUCUGAAGAGAAUGAUAGACACCUUAGUAGGACUUAAAAUCAAUAUGGUUCAGUUGUUUUGUAGGUUUUUGAAGACACAAGGUUGGCAAUUAGGAUAUUCCAAAAGUGAAAUAAUGGAUUUGGUAGACCACUGUUCUGAUCUGGGUAUACAGUUAGUUCCUGUUUUAGAGGUGGCUCCACAGGUCCAGUUUGAUGAAUUAGAUGAUAUAUACUCAACCAUUGAAGAUUUUAUGACUUGUUUUACAGAUAGCCAGUUUGUGAGUUUAGGUCCACGAUUGAGUAGUUUUGUGAUUGAUACAGAAAAUAAUGUGUUAGAUGUGACUGACGCUGUGAAACUUUUACCUCUACGCCAUAACCAAAUUCUCAAUAUAUGUGGUUAUCCAUUACAUGGGAUGGACUCUGAACUGUUAAUCCACCUGCCACCAGAUGUUGUCAUUAGUGAAUAUGGUAUACAGGCUGAUUAUGAUUUCCAGAGAUUUUGCUCACCAUUGUCCAGUCGUGGGAAAAGUUAUAUAAUGUGUCCAGGAACUUCAGCAUGGAACAGUUUAGCAGGUUGUCCUGAGGCAGCUAUCAACAAUAUUUUUAGUGCUGUGAAAUGUGGGGAUGCCCAUGGUGCACUAGGGGCAAUAGUCUGUAACUGGUCUGGUAAAGGACAUUUAACACAUUUACCAUUUGCCUGGCCUGGCAUCCUUGUACUUGCCGGAUUAGCAUGGAAUUCUGAUUGUCACCAGGAUUAUUUAUACAGCAAUCUUGGUGAGCUUUUAAAUAGACACAUAUUUAAGGACACCACAAAUACUAUUGGUCAUGUGAUUGUAGAACUUGGUCGAGCAGAAACAUACCUUAUACGUUGUUGUAGAGGACAAGCAGGAGGAGAUAGUCAGAAAUUACCAGAUGAACAUGGAUCAACAUUAUUUCAAUUCUUCUUUAAUCCUGAUGCAGUGCCUAUAGAACAUUUAACACCUGAGGCCUUACAGAGAAGUGUCCGUCAUUUGAAGAAAUGUCAACAAGAAGUGCUCAAAAUAAAUUUAACCUGUAAAGACGGUGAACAUAUAAAAAAGGAACUGAGUCUUACCUGUGAUCUUAUGAUAUUUUCUGCACGAAUUUGUAAAUCCUUGUUACUGGCUGGUAAGAACCCUAUGGCUGGACAUGCAGGUUAUGCUGUAGUUAAUUUAGGGGUCAGUAAUCUUCCAGCUACUGUCAAAACAGAUCUGGCUAACAGGUUAUUAGAGUUAAUGGAACCCUACAAAGAAGUAUGGCACAAGAGAUAUGUGGUGAACGUAGGUUUGUCUGAGUCAGUAGGAAAGUUACAGAAUGUGUUUAAACUAUUAGUACCAGGAAGUGAUUCAGAAGGUCUUAUGACACAGCAAAACCAUGACGACCAAGUUCAACAUGUGUGAUACAGACAGUUUCUUAGCAACAUAACCAUAAACAUCAAAAGUCAGCAUUUCUCAACCAGGGAACAGAAUCAAAUCAGAAAAUAUUGCAAUUUGCCAUUUAAGAAAUUGAUAGUAUUUUCAAAGGUUUACACCAAAAAGUUUUAAAACGUCUGUAAAAAAUUGAUAUUUGUCCAAUUAUACACUUAUAUAUUCAACUUUGGGUACCAACAAGGAAAUUAACCAUAGUCCUUUUGAUCCAUUAACUGCAAAUUAUUUUAGAAUUUUAGAGGGUGAUGACCAAAUAUUUUGGGUGUGGUAUAUAAAAGGUAAAAAAAAUGGGGAUGUGGGAAAAAGGGGGUGAAAACGUUUCGGAUGUUGGAUUAAUAAAGAUUUAUUAAAAUCUGUUUGAUUUGCAGGAGUUUCUGGAUUUUCCGAUAUGUUACAAGAUUUUUUUGUCAUUUCGCAGCUUUGUUAUGUUAUGUUAUGAUCAAGGAAACCAAUUAUUAGUAGUUUCAUUCAACAAUAAACUGUUGAUGAUCCCAACUUGUAAUUUAUUUGUGCUUUUUUUGUUUAUUUUACAUUAUGUAUUUAGUCUUCCAAUUGUACAGUUUUUUAGUUAUUUAGGUUGAAAGAAUUAGUUUAGUUGCUUGGUCUAACUCAUAGAAAAUCUAGUAUCAGGUGCUUAAUAAUUAAUAUAUUUAUUUAUGUUUUUCUUAUUUUUUAUUUAUAAUAUCCUGGUAACAUAUUUUUAACAAACUUACUGUGGAUUAUAUAUUUUUCGUUUGAUACCAAUUUUCAUGGAUUUCGUAUGUAUAACUGAACCACGAAUUUCCUAUAGGCUUGUUAUGCAGAUUUCGCCCAAGACCAUGAAAUUAAAUAUAACUGAACAUGCAAAUUUUCCUUAAUGAACCAAAAUCGGUGCCCACAAAAAUAAUGAAUCUACAGUAGUGUGUAUACAAAAAUUACUUGGUUUCCAGGAUUUGUAAUAAUUUCUGUUUGUACCUGAAACGACGAUAUCUAAACCAAUCAUUGGCUGUGAAUUGUAAUGCUUUUGUUCUGCUGAAUAUUAUCAAAUUUUAUUAUAUAUUUAAGUUGUUUACAAAAGAAGUCCAAUAAAUACAUUGCAAGUUGUAGAGAUUUUUUUUAUUUGUUAAUGAUAUUAUUUUGUUAUACAUUUGUUACUUUUUUGUAUAUUUUUUAUUGCUUAUAUUUUAAUGAGGGACUAUAUCGUUAUGGAUGAGUAUAUUGAAAUAUAGUGUUAUAUGGUCAUGUCUAAUAUGUUAUCUGAUUUAAUUGCAAAACUUAAUGACAAUCAACAAAAGUCAUGAGAACAUUACAUCAUUUUGAUUUGUAAACCAACAUAUUUUGCAUUUUAAGCUCAGAUGUAUUAAGUUUUGCUUUGUUUUCUUGUUUCCAUUGAGAUAUUGUAAUUUUAUAUUACAGACAACAAUAUUGUCAAUUUAUUACUGCACUAAAAAAGCCUGAAUUGGCAUCAAUGGGUUUCAUAUUUAGAAAUAGAUAGAUAAACCAACUUUUCGAGUCUCUAGAUUAAAAUUGUGUAAGAUAUCCUUGGAUAUUUAAUAUGCACGAAGAUACAUUAUUUUCUUUAAAUCCACAUACAUAAAUGAAUCCACAGUAUGCAUUUAUAUUAGCAAUAUUCAGCUUUAACUUGUCAACAAAUAUUUAAUAGCAGGCACAUCACUGUUUUCUGACUUCAGAUAUUGGACUUGAACCAUGUAUUUUAAGUCACAAAGGUACUUCAAUAAACUAUGUCACCAUUGCACUAGAUCUGUGUAUGUGUUUUUCCACAUAAUGAUAUAUAAUGCAAAAAAAUCUGCUGUUAAUCAAAAUGCUGCUUAAUAUAAGUUACAUUCUAAUAUGGCAUGCUUCUUUCGCUUUGUUAACAACACCAUGUGAAAAUUCUGGAUAUAUCUAUACUUAGCGCAGACUAAGAAAUAUUCAAAAUAAUGGAUGUUACAAUAUACCUCCCACGUAAAUCCAUAUGUAUUUGAAUUUAUUUGCAAAUGCAUUGCUGAUUUUAUUGUAUUAAAAAUUGAAAUAAAACAUACUUUAGACAAAAGAAUUUGUAUUCUUAUUAGGAUGCAUAAUAAAAAGAAAUAAUACACUACAACUAGUUGUGUUUAUUUCCUAAAUAUAGUAACACAGCUUUCUUUACGCAAUGUCAAUUUCAUCAUAGGACACUUUCUUUAUAAAAUCAGGGGUUCAUUAAGGGAUGAAAAUUAUCUUGAUAUUUAUGUUAUGAUUUUAAAAGCUAUCAAUAAACUAAUUUAAGUUGCAGUAUAAAAACACUAUAAUUUUUUGUGUAACCAUCGAGGUUCGUAUACUAUUGUAAUAAAAUGAAAUUCUGAGGUAGGUGUUGUUUUAUUUUCUAUUCUAUUGCAUAAUUCGCAUAUUAAGUGAUUUCAGGAAGUCCACCACAUGUCAAUUUUGGUUUUGAUGGUAGCUUACGAGAAAACAUGUAAAUUAAAAGUCGCAAUUAUUGGGUGUGAGAAUUAAACAUAUUUUUUUCUAGCGAUAAUUUACGAAAUAAUCAAAACAAGCUAAAGAUUUAUGUGAUUAUUUGAGCUCUUUCUAACCAGGAGUAAAAAAAGAACAGCUACACACACGGCAUACUCAUCCUUGCUUCAGUA